CUUAUUUUGUAUAUUUUUUGUAUAUGUACAUAUAAUAAUUAUAUUUAAAUAUUGUUUUAUUAUUUUUAAUUGUUUAUUUGUAUCUCUGAGGCCCAAUCUCUCAUGCUUCACGAGAAUCGUUAAUAAAUGUAUCUUUAACUAAUCAAAAUGACACUAUAAUGUCCUAGCGACUAUAAAAAAAUUUAAGGAAGCUAGCUGGCCGUUGUUUACUCCAGACCACCUUGAUGAGAUGGUCAUUUAAGCAAUGCCUGGCUUGGCUUGUCCUUUCAAUCACCUUAAUCUCCAUCAAAACUUCCGUUAGCACUGAUAUCAUUACACAAUCAGGAGGCAGUGAUGAGGAGCGUGGAAUAGCAAGACCUGGGCCUUCUAGAGGGCCUGGACCACCGAGGGAAGAGACGAUUCCUCCCCCGGUGGAUAGAGAGUCAACUUCGAGAGGAAAAGAUCCACCUCCCGAAGAAAAUCCUCCACGAGUCACAUUCUCAUCUGAUAGAGUUAAAUCUAAAUCUGCUUUAAAAGGUAUGUUCAACUACUUGUUUGGGCUAGAUUAUCCAUAUCACCAGUUCACUCCACCAAAGGAAGAAGAACCCAUAGAUUUCCCCGAGGGUGCGUAUAGCGACGUCAAAGACGAGCUUGACAUUCUGGACUUAACUGACAUGGAUGACGAGAAGCUGAACAAGCUGUUGCACGACGUUCUGCUAGAUUACCACCCCGGGCAUUUCACGAGAUAUAAUGCCGAAUGGGGACAUACAGUCCUUACGAAGGAUGGGCAGAUCCCUCUAGGCGGAGAUGCCAUCCACUUCGAUAUAUUUGACGGGUACCUUCCCCGCGGUGUGAAGUUUAACGACCUGCGUGUUUUGUUCCUCUACACGAUUGACACCGGUUACUAUCUGUACAAGGUGAAGUUCGGUGAUAUGGUUGUUACUCUAAGCCCCGAUCUUGAAAACGUGACAGUACACCUUUUCGAGAGCUACGGAGGUCUUACGAUAAUCAGGAUCUUGUUCUUCGUCAAAGGAAUGUUCGAAAAACAUGAGUACAUCGAGACUGGUCGGAAGUCGAGACUAUUCAAGAAGAUGUCGGGGAGAAGCAUUACUCCUCCCAUGCCGAAGUUCGAUCCCAGCAAAGAAGUGACUGAAGAUAUGAUCCUGACGUGGAUGAGAGAAAGAUACAGGGACAUAGCCAAGACCAAUCCAAACAUUGUUGAAGAAUUGAUUAAUUACAAAAUUGUUUUCACGCGAUAA